AUGCAAUACGUCAAUCCCCCGCCAUAUUCGUCAUAUCGACAACCUGAAUCUGUCCACCUUGCCCCGUACCCUGCAUCCAGCAUGCCCCAAGAACCCACGCCUGCCGUCAGCGGCAUCGAUUUCUACCUCCAGCGCGCAUUCUCUCUCCGCGGGAGUUCCGAAGCACAAAGUUUUUACGAUGAAUGGGCUCACGCCUAUGACGCAGACAUCAAUGACGUCGGGUACGCUUCCCCGCGGCGGGCUGUGGACGCGAUCAUAGACAACCUUCCACCAUCCUUGAUUUCUAGACCAGAGAAACUGCAAAUCCUCGAUGCAGGGUGCGGAACAGGCCUUGUGGGUGACUGCCUAGCUCAGUCGUCUUUGUCAGGAGAAUUUGAUCUUAAUGGGGUUGACCUUAGCGAGGGGAUGCUGGAGGUUGCGCGUGGGAAGGGCAAUUAUCAGUCUCUUGAGACGGCAGAUUUGAAUGAAGGAAUUCUUAGCCCGGAUGGGAGGUACGAUGUUGUUGUGUGUGUGGGCACGCUGACAAAGGGUCAUGUUGGGGCAGGUGUAUUGGAGGAGUUUGCAAGGUUGACUAUGAAAGACGGAUUGGUGGUUGCGACCGUGCAUGAUGGGAUCUGGGAAAGUGGUGGGUUUAAGGAUGUGAUUGGCAAGUUAAAGGAGAAGAGGGUGGUGAAGGUCGUCAGUCUGGAUUCGUUUGGGAUUCUAGAGGACGAGAGUCAAGGGGGGAGGAUGGUUAUUUUGAAGAAGAUAUAUACGGACCAGCUAAUGUCCGUAGAGGUAGUAUGGACAGCCAUUUUGGAUAUUCCCAAUCCAAGUGUCAGUGCAUCCUGUGUAGCCGGUACUUCGGCUAGCGUAGCAACUUCUCGCAUGUCUAUCUGCCCUGUAUCCGUAGUCGGGGAGGGUUAUAGGAAACACUCCGUCAGCGGCGUCUUGGAUGGAAAUUCCGCCAUUCGUCCCAUCCAACUAGCGGUCUGUUGA